AUGUCUCUUCUACUUCAUCUUCAACUCUUCCUCUUCUUCCUCGCCCUCUUGGGUUCAAGCCAAGUGCAAUUCGUGGCCUCUCACCAUGAGUCCGGUGACUGGCAUUGCGAGCCAGACGAGACGGUUCGAAUCGUGGCCGAGUUUAAGCCCGGAUUUGUCACUCUUGAUGGACAUUCUGAUGAUUGGAUCGAUGUUGAUGGGUUCGAUUUUCCACUACGCCCAGCUCUCGAUCCAGAUGAAGAUAAUGAGUACGAAGCUGGGAAAAUGGCCGUUAAGGUUCUUCAUGAUGGAAAGGAUAUUUACUUCAUGUUGCAAGUGGAUGGAGAUUAUGUAGAUCACUAUAAAUGCCCAUCAGUAGCCCUGAUGUUCCAAGUUGGCGAGAGCGCUUCAUAUCAUGACAUGGGUGGAUGUGAAGAAAUGCCUGGUACAUGCAACAACAAGACAUGUCGUGGUCAUGAAGUUGACAUCAUGCAUUUCUCCAUUGGAAAUUCUAUCCCAGGAAGACUGUAUGGCGGAAACCCGAUAAUGGGAUAUGGUAACAGUGGUGACAGCGUUGAUUUGGUUGAUAUGUUUGCUUUGAACCCACACUGUAAAAGCCUUGACGGCGUUGGUUCCACAGGAAAUCAAUCUACAGCAAUGAAUGACUGGAAAGGUGCAUGGUGGCAUAGCAGUUUCGCCAACCAUUCAGGUUUUGUUGAGGAAGAUAGUCCUUAUGCAUCACCUGGUGAGAAGGGCACAUACUACUUUGAGUUCACCAGGCCCAUGAGAACCAUGGAUCAUCUUCAGCAGGAUGUACAAUUUACAAUAGGCCAAUCAAGCAAAUUUUCUGCUGCCUUCUGGUACCCUGUUGAUGGAAAUCCAUGGAACAGUUCUGGGCAUUAUACUGUGAACUGUGAUUGGGUACCUUUGAACGUAACUACUGGCACCUCUACGUACGUCGAAGUAGCAUCUGGGAGCUCUUGGGAUGCCACAGCUGGUUUUGCUUUUAUCAUAUCCAUCGUCGCCUUUUGUGUAUUCAUUUUUGCUGGGUAUUGGGUUUGUUAA